ACAAGGCGGUGUCAACCUGUUGAAAUAAUCAAAAUCAAAACCCUCCUCUCCUCCACUACAAUUUGAUCUCGACUCUCAUGGUUUGACCCUUCAUCAAACAUGGAGGAAGAAUCAUCAUCAUCAAAAUCACUCCUGCUGGAGGAUUUCGGCCAGAAAGUAGAUCUAACCAGGAGAAUCCGAGAGGUUUUGUUGAAUUAUCCCGAAGGCACUACGGUCUUGAAGGAACUCAUCCAGAAUGCCGAUGACGCCGGUGCCACCAAGGUCUCUUUGUGUCUCGACCGCCGCUCCCACCCGGCCACGUCCUUGCUCUCACCCAAGCUCGCUCAGUGGCAAGGUCCGGCCUUGUUGGCUUACAAUAAUGCUGUCUUUACUGAAGAGGAUUUUGCUAGUAUUUCUAGGGUUGGUGGGAGUGGUAAGCAAGGUCAGGCCUGGAAGACCGGUCGCUUUGGGGUUGGCUUCAACUCGGUGUACCACCUGACUGAUUUGCCAUCUUUCGUUAGUGACAAAUACGUAGUCCUGUUUGAUCCUCAGGGUGAUUACCUUCCUAACGUUUCCACGUUAAACCCCGGAAAAAGAAUCGAAUACGUCACUUCAUCCGCCAUUUCUAAAUACCACGAUCAACUUGCUCCGUACAUCGCCUUUGGUUGCAACAUGAAAACUUCUUUCCCCGGAACCAUAUUCCGGUUCCCUUUAAGAAAUAAAGAGCAAGCGUCAACCAGUAAGCUAUCAAAGCAAGCUUAUUUAGCAGAUGACAUUUCUUCAAUGUUCAAUAGUCUAUUCGAGGAAGGCGUUUUCACGCUUCUGUUUCUGAAAAGUGUCGUUUCUAUUGAAAUGUAUGUAUGGGAUACUGAGAUGCCUGAGCCUAGAAAAACUUAUUCUUGUUCUAUCAGUUUAGCUGAUAAAGAUACCGUUUGGCAUCGUCAAGCACUUCUGAGAUUAUCCAAAUCUAUGAAUUAUUCAGAUAAUAAAACGGAUGGAUUUUUGUUGGAUUUUUUGAGUGAAGAUGUUAAUGGAGCUCAGUCUCGAAAGAGGGUGGAUACGUUUUAUAUAGUACAGACUAUGGCAGCAGCAUCCAGCAGGAUCGGUUCUUUUGCUUCAAGUAUGUCUAAAGAUUACGACAUUCACUUACUACCAUGGGCAGCUGUAGCGGCAUGCAUCUCAGACAAUUCCUCCAGAGAUGAUGUUCUUAAAGAUGGCAGGGCGUUUUGUUUCCUUCCGUUGCCAGUAAAAACCGGAAUGAAUGUGCAAAUUAACGGAUAUUUUGAGGUGUCAUCAAACCGGCGUGGCAUAUGGUACGGUGCUGACAUGGACAGAAGUGGAAGAAUAAGGUCUCUCUGGAACAGGCUUCUAUUAGAGGAUGUUGUCGCUUCAUCUUUCGUCAAUCUACUGCUUCAAGUUCAACCGAUCCUGGGUCCCACCAAUUCAUAUUAUUCUUUAUGGCCUACCGGCUCGUUUGAGGAGCCAUGGAACAUUUUGGUCGAGCAAAUUUAUAAAAACAUCGGCGAUACUCCAGUCUUGCAUUCAGAUCUUGAUGGGGGGAAGUGGGUCCCACUAGCGGAGGCUUUUCUUCAUGAUAACGAGUUUGUUAAAAGUAACGAGCUCGGUACAGCUCUUGUCCAGCUCGGAUCACCUAUUGUACAUUUGCCUAUCCCUUUGCGGGAUACGCUUUUGAAAUUCGCGUCUAGUGUGCAGUUAAAAGUCGUCACUCCUGAUUCUGUACGGAAAUUUUUAAGGAAAUCAAAGGCUAUUAACAGUUUAAGCAGGUCUUUAAAACUUGUAUUGUUGGAGUAUUGUCUUGAAGAUUUGACUGAUGAUGACGUUGUUACAAACGCGAAUGAUCUGCCUUUGAUUCCUUUAGCAAAUGGUGAGUUUGGAUCUUUCUUCGAUGCUUCAAAAGGGGUAUCGUAUUUUCUCUGUAAUGAUUUGGAAUAUAUGCUCUUACAAAAGGUACCCGAUAGAGUAAUUGAUCAAGAUACGCCUCAGAAUAUACUAAGCAGGCUUGAAUCUAUUGCCAAGAUCCCGAACACAAACAUUUUCGUUUUCAACAUUAAUUUCUUCCUUCAGUUAUUUACGAAACUGGUACCUGCUGAUUGGAAAUACAAAACUGCAGUUUUGUGGCACCCGGAAUUGAAUUUUAAUCAUCCAAGUGCUACAUGGUUCCAAUUAUUCUGGAACUAUCUUCGUUGUAAUACUGAAAAUCUGUUGAGUUUCGGUGAUUAUCCUAUCUUGCCCUCGGUUUCCGGUCACCUCUACAGUCCAUCCCGUCAGCUGAAAUUGUUGAAUGUGGAUAAAUUAUCUGACAAAAUGCAACGUGUUCUUCAUAAAGUGGGGUGCAGGAUACUUGACACACGGCAUGGUGUUGACCACCCGGAUUUGGUCAACUAUGUACGUGAUGCAGAUGGUGCAGGUGUCUUGAAGUCGAUUUUUGACGUUGUCUCUUCUAACGAUGAUAUCAAAGAAAUUUUUAUUCAAACUCUAGAAGCUUCUGAGAGGGACGAGCUUCGUGGGUUUUUUCUUGAUCCAAAAUGGUAUAUCGGAAGCAAUAUGUCUGAUUUGGAUAAAAAAUCGUGUAUUCGACUUCCGAUCUUUAGAGUGUAUGACGGAGAAUCUGUUGAAAAUUUCCGGUACUCUGAAUUAGAAGACCAGAAAUUUUUGCCACCACUUGAUUGUCCCGAAUCGUUAUUUUGUGGUGACUUUAUAAAAACUUCAUCUGGUACAGAAGAUGAAAUUUUGAGUAAAUAUUACGGUAUUGAGCGUAUGGGGAAGGCCAGAUUUUAUAAGCAAUACGUGUUUAAUAAGGUUAAAGAUUUGCCAGCCGAGUUUCGUGACGUCAUCAUGAUGUCAGUUCUGCAGGAGUUACCGCAUUUGUCGGCAGAAGACCCGACUUUCAGGGGACAGGUGGCGAAUUUAGAAUUUGUUCCAUGUGCCAGUGGUUUGUUGAAGAGUCCAGCAAUGCUUUAUGAUCCUAGAAAUGAAGAAUUAUACGCUUUAUUGGAAGAUUCCGAUAGUUUUCCAGCUGGUGUUUUUGAAGAAUCUAGUAGUUUAGACAUCUUACAAGGUUUGGGUUUAAGGACUUCUGUGUCUUUUGAAGCUGUCAUACAAAGUGCUCGACAAGUGGAACGUUUAAUGCACAGCGAUCAACAACGGGCCCAUUUUAGAGGAAAGGUGCUUCUCUCAUAUCUAGAAGUAAACGCGUUAAAAUGGUUACCCGAUUCGGUUAACCAUCAAGGAACGAUGAACCGAGUGUUUUCACGGGCCGCUAGCGCGUUUAGGGCACAUAAUCUCAAAUCUGAUUUGGAGAAGUUCUGGAAUGAUCUACGGUUAAUUUCAUGGUGCCCGGUGCUCGUUUCGUCUCCAUUUGAAUCAUUACCAUGGCCCGUUGUGUCAUCGAUGGUCGCACCACCAAAACUCGUGAGACUUUACUCAGAUUUAUGGCUUGUGUCGGCCAGCAUGCGGAUAUUGGACGGCGAUUGUUCGUCAACAUCGUUAUCUCAUUGCCUCGGGUGGUCAUUGCCGCCAGGUGGAAGCGUAAUCGCCGCCCAACUUCUUGAGCUCGGGAAAAACAACGAGACUGUAACGGAUCCCGAGCUUCGACAGGAAUUGGCUUUAGCAAUGCCUAGAAUAUACUCCAUUCUUAUGAACAUGCUAAAUUCAGAUGAGAUGGAUGUUGUGAAGGCUGUUCUAGAAGGUUCUAGAUGGAUUUGGGUAGGAGAUGGAUUUGCAACACCAGAAGAAGUUGUCAUCAAUGGUUCUCUGCAUUUAGCCCCGUAUAUACGUGUCAUACCUGUUGAUUUAGCAGUUUUUAAGGAUCUAUUUCUUGAACUCGGGAUUCGGGAGUCUCUAAAACCGAUGGAUUACGCUAAAAUCUUAUGCAGAAUGUCUACAAUCAAAGGCUCGACUCCUUUGAAUUCACUGGAGCUAAGAGCGGCGUUACUAAUUGCACAACAUCUGGCUGAAGUUCAAUUGUAUGAAGAGCAAGUUAAGAUUUAUUUACCUGAUGUUUCGUGCGUUUUAGUUGAUGCUACUGAUUUAGUUUAUAAUGAUGCUCCAUGGUUACUUGGUGCGGAAAACGAUGCAUCUAAUGUGGCCGUAAAUAUGAAGAGAACCGUGCAAAAAUACGUGCAUGGUAACAUCUCGAACGAUGUGGCGGAAAAGCUCGGUGUUCAUUCACUUCGCCGGAUGUUACUCGCUGAGAGUGCUGAUUCCAUGAAUGUGAGUUUAUCGGGAGCCGCAGAAGCGUUUGGUCAACAUGAAGCUUUGACCACCAGACUUCAGCAUAUUCUUGAGAUGUAUGCAGAUGGGCCCGGGACGCUUUUUGAGCUCGUGCAAAAUGCUGAAGACGCUAAAGCUUCUGAAGUGGCGUUUCUUUUGGAUAACACUCAUUACGGGACUUCAUCCGUUUUAUCCCCAGAAAUGGCGGAUUGGCAGGGGCCCGCUUUGUACUGUUUUAAUAACUCGGUUUUCACCCCGCAAGAUUUGUAUGCAAUUUCUCGAAUUGGUCAAGAAAGUAAACUCGAGAAACCGUUCGCGAUCGGAAGAUUCGGUUUAGGAUUUAAUUGUGUUUACCAUUUUACAGACAUUCCGACGUUUGUUUCGGGGGAGAAUAUUGUGUUAUUUGAUCCUCACGCGUGUAAUUUACCGGGAAUCUCACCAUCUCAUCCUGGAUUACGGAUUAAAUUCGCUGGCAGGAAGAUUCUAGAACAAUUUCCUGAUCAAUUUUCUCCAUUUCUUCACUUUGGUUGUGACAUGCAACAAUCAUUUCCUGGUACGCUCUUUCGAUUCCCUUUAAGAAAUGCUAAAGUUGCUUCAAAAAGCCAAAUAAAAAAAGAAGCAUACUCACCUCAAGACGUGACAUCACUCUUGUCGUCAUUUGCUGAUGUCGUUUCCGAGACGUUACUAUUUUUACGUAAUGUGAAAACUAUAUCCAUUUUCACAAAAGAAGGGGUAGGUAGUGAGAUGCAGUUACUUCAUCAAGUUCAUAAGCAACAUAUGGACGAACCUGGAGCUGAAAGCAACACCUUUCAGCUUAUGUUUAAUCAUAUGCACGAAAAUCGAGAUGGAUUAGAUAAAAGUAAUUUCUUUGACAAAUGGAGAAGAAACAAUGAGAACAAUGACUUGGGUCUGCCAUGGAAAAGUCAAAAACUUUUAUUGACUGAGAAAAGAUCGUCUGAAGAAAAGUCAAACAUCUGGUUGACUAGUGAGUGCUUCGAUAGCCGACAUGGUAAAAGAAACUCUGAAGCUAAAGACACUAAAUCGAAUAAAUUUAUUCCAUGGGCUUGUGUGGCAUCUUGUUUAAAAAAUACGGAAGCUGAAAGGAAUUUCAUGGGUAAGGCGUUCUGUUUUUUACCGCUUCCAGUAAGUACGGGUCUUCCGGUGCAUGUUAACGCGUAUUUUGAAUUAUCAUCUAAUCGCAGAGAUAUAUGGUUUGGAAAUGACAUGGCGGGCGGUGGGAAAAAAAGGUCUGAAUGGAACAUGUACCUUCUAGAAGAAGUUGCUGCACCGGCUUACGGUCAUUUGCUUGAAAAACUCACAUUGGAAACCGAGUAUUCUGAUUCAUUCUAUUCUUUCUGGCCCACAACCGCAGCAUCAGGCCCAUGGGUGUCAAUGAUGCAGAAACUUUACAACUUUAUUGCUGAUUCUGGUCUUCGUGUAUUGUUUACUAAAGCAAGAGGUGGUCAAUGGAUAUCAACCAAACAAGCCAUUUUCCCUGAUUUUAGUUUCGAGAAUGUAGGUGAUCUUAUUGAUGCGUUAUCUGAUGCUGGUUUGCCAAUGACAACAAUCCCAAAACCUCACGUGGAAAAGUUUAAGAAAUUCUGCCCCUCUUUGCAUUUUCUCACACCUCAGUUACUAAGAACAUUGUUAGUUCGUCGGAAACGGGAAUUCCGUGACCGGAAUGGAAUGUUGUUGGCACUUGAGUAUUGUUUACUUGAUUUAAAAAACCCAAUCGAGCCCGAUAAUUUUUACGGGUUACCGCUGCUGCCUCUUUCCAAUGGUUCCUUCACGGUUUUUGAGAAACGAGGGUCGAGUGAUAGAGUUUAUGUAGCCCGUGGAGAUGCAUAUAAUCUUUUAAAGGAUUCCGUUGCAAACCAACUUGUGGAUUCUGAAAUCUCCGAUACCAUUUACGGGAAAUUAUGUGAUAUAGCCCGAAGCGAAUUGUUCAAUGCUUCGUUUCUGAAUUGCCAUUUGCUUGAAAAGCUCUUUCUAAGAUUACUUCCGGCAGAGUGGAUGCAUGCGAAGAAGGUGACGUGGAAUCCUGGUCAACGAGGUCAACCGACUUUGGAAUGGAUGAGGUUGCUAUGGAGUUACGUAAAUUCACAUUGUGACGAUCUUUCGGUAUUUUCUAAGUGGCCGAUCUUACCGGUUGGGAACAAUCAUCUUUUGCAACUACUUGAGAAUUCAUACGUGAUUGAAGAUGACGGAUGGAGUGAGAACAUGUCUUCUUUGUUGCUAAAAACCGGAUGCCUAUUAUUGAGGCACGAUCUUCAACUAGAACACCCACAUUUAAACAAAUACGUGCAGUCUCCAACAGCAAGCGGCAUUCUAAACGCGUUAUUAGCAAUUGCUUGUGAACCUGAGAAAAUAGAACGCCUUUUCGUUGAUGCAUCAGAGGGUGAGCUACACGAGCUUAGAAGUUUCAUUCUUCAAUCCAAGUGGUUCUCCGGAGGCUUAUUAAACGAGUCCCAUAUUAACGUUCUUAAAAACAUUCCCAUGUUUGAGUCCUUUAGAACUAGAAAGCUGGUUUCUUUAACCAAACCGACUAAAUGGCUUAAACCAGAAGGUAUCCUUGAUGAUCUUUUGGAUGAUGACUUUGUUCGUGUUGAAUCAGAGAAAGAAAGAAAAUUGUUGAAAAAAUAUUUGGAUAUCCAGGAACCUUCUCGAGUGCAAUUUUAUAAAAGUUACGUGUUCAAUCGCAUGCCGGAACUUGUUUCUCAGCAGAGUGUUCUCUCGAAUAUUCUUGAUGAAAUCCGUGUUUUGAUUAAGGAAGAUAGCUCCUUCAAGAAAGAACUCAUGAUGACACCCUUUGUCCUCACAGAAGGUGGAUCUUUGCAAGAACCACAUAGGCUAUAUGAUCCUCGUGUACCCGAGCUACAGAAGUUCCUGCAAAAGGAGUUGUUCCCUUCUGACAAGUUUACCGACCCAGAAACUUUGGAGAUGUUAGUUACCCUUGGAUUAAGGCAAACCCUAGGAAUUCAGGGUUUGCUCGACGCUGCCAGGUCAGUGUCGAUGCGGUACGACGCAAUGGAUCCCGAUGCCGUUGCAAGCGGGAAGCGAUUACUUGGUAUUUUAGAUGCAUUGGCGUUUAAGGUCUCAACCGAGGAAGUGGAAUUCAGUUAUAACGAGUUUGAGGGUGCACGGGAAAGUGGUACUAACUUGCCAGAUGAUUACGAUUACACGGAUAACCUGCUUGAUCAAACGCCUGGAGAAGAGUUUUGGUCUGAACUGAAAACCAUCCGUUGGUGUCCUGUUUAUGUUGACCCGCCUUUUCAGGGUCUUCCGUGGCUAUCACCACCGCAAGAAAUUGCUGCACCGGAUAUGGUUCGACCGAAGUCGCAGAUGUGGCUCAGUUCAUCCAUGAUGCACAUACUGGACGGUGAAUGUAAGUCGGUGUAUGCACAGCGUAUGCUUGGCUGGACAGAGCGGUUACGUAUAAAUGUUUUGUCUACUCAACUAGUUGCUCUAUUAAAUUCCUAUACACAACUUAAGAUGAACUCAAAUUUGGAUCCUGAAUUUGAAGCUUCUUUACAGGAGCAUGUGCCCGUUCUUUAUUCAAAUUUGCAAGAAUAUGUUGGUACUGAUGAGUUUGAGCUUCUUAAAGCUUCUCUUAAUGGUGUUAAUUGGGUUUGGAUCGGAGAUGAUUUUGUAACCGUUGACGCUCUUGCAUUUGACUCACCUGUAAAAUACAGUCCAUAUUUAUACGUUGUUCCAUCUGAAUUGUCGGUUUUUAGAGAUUUGCUUCUGGCUCUGGGAGUUCGGCUUAAUUUUGACGUUUUUGACUACGCUAAUGUCCUUCAACGGUUACAAAACGAUGUUAAAGGGUUACCACUCUCGGAAGAUCAGUUGAGUUUUGUUCUUUGUGUUCUAGAGGCAGUUUCAGAGUGUCAGUUCGAUAAAGGUAUGUUUGAAUCUUCUAAUAGUCCAUUAUUGGUCCCUGAUUUUCAAGGAGUUCUUAUGGCUGCACGCGAUGUAAUGUAUAAUGAUGCACCUUGGAUGGAAAACACUACCCCUAUGGGAAAACAUAUCGUACAUUCUAGUAUCAGUGAUGAUCUGGCAAACAGGCUCGGGAUUCAAUCUCUUCGAUCCAUUUCUUUAGUGAGUGAGGAAAUGACAAAGGAUUUACCAUGCAUGGAUUAUGCUAAAAUCUGUGAUCUUCUUGAACAGUAUGGAAGCAAAGAUUUCCUGUUAUUUGAUUUUAUUGAGCUCGCAGAUUGCUGUAAAGCCAAAAAGCUGCACAUAAUUUUUGACAAGCGUGAACAUCCAUGCCAGUCCUUGCUGCAGCAAAAUUUAGGAGAUUUCCAAGGGCCUGCACUUGUUGCUGUUCUUGAAGGAGCGAGUUUGAGUAGGGAGGAAAUAUCAAGCCUUCAAUUUCUUCCUCCUUGGGGUUUAAGGGGUGACAUGCUUAACUACGGGUUAGGAUUAAUGAGCUGUUAUUCUAUAACCGAUGUUCCUUCAGUUGUGUCUGGUGGCUAUUUAUAUAUGUUUGAUCCUCGUGGUAUGGCUUUUGCUCUACCUUCAAGUCACUCUCCAGCUGCAAAGAUGUUUACUUUAACAGGCACCAAUUUGACUGAACAGUUCCGUGAUCAGUUUAGUCCUAUGUUCGUUGGUCAAAAAGUUCCAUGGUCAAGCGAUUCUACAGUUAUACGAAUGCCUAUUUCAUCAAUGUUCAUUGAAGACGGGGCUGAAUCUGGGUGGACAGAAAUAACAAAAAUAUUUGAAAAUUUUAUAAAGCAUGCAUCUAGAACAGUGGUAUUUCUGAAGUCAGUUUCAGAGGUGUCGUUAUCAACAUGGGAGAAAAAAGAGCCACAACCUUCGCAAGAUUUUCUAAUUUAUGUGGAUCCAUCACAUGCUGCAUUAAGGAAUCCAUUCUCAGAAAAGAAAUGGAAGAAGUUUCAGUUUUCAAAUAUAUUUGGUCCAAGUUCUGCAGUCAAGUCGCAUGUUGUAGAUAUAAAUUUGCACCAAAAGGGAUCAAUGGUUGUGGACCGAUGGCUCGUUGUACUCAGCUUGGGCUCGGGUCAAACAAGAAACAUGGCUCUUGAUAGGCGAUACCUAGCUUAUAACCUGACACCUGUUGCUGGUGUGGCUGUACAUAUUUUAAGAAACGGACAUCUGGCUGACAUCCCUACAAUCCGUUCCAUCAUGUCUCCACUUCCUUUAUCCGAAUGUAUCAGUAUGCCCGUUGCUAUUCUCGGUUGUUUUCUCGUGCGUCACAAUCAAGGCCGUUACAUUUUUAUGUACCAAGAUAGUGAAUCUUUAUCUAAAGCACAACCCAAUGCCGCAAAUCAGUUAAUCGAAGCCUGGAAUAGAGAGCUCAUGACUUGUGUUCGGGAUUCAUAUGUAAGGCUAGUUUUGGAAAUGUUUAAGAUAAGAAGAGACCCUUCAACUUCAACACUUGAGUCACGGGCAACUCAUUCGAUCAACAUGGCUUUGAAUGCAUGCGGGAGUCAGAUAUAUUCGUUUUGGCCCACAUCUAGCGGGAAGUUAAUAUUUAACGAUAAUGUAGAUGUUCAUGAUUUAGUUUUGACAAAAACGCUUAAAGCAGACUGGAACUGUUUAGUUGACCAAGUUGUAAAGCCGUUCUACUAUCGUCUAGUUGACCUUCCUGUUUGGCAACUGUAUUCUGGAAAUCUAGUCAAAGCUGAAGAGGGCAUGUUUCUUUCACAACCCGGAAGUAGAAUCGGUGGAAACGUGCUUCCUGCUACCGUUUGUGCUUUCGUUAAAGAACAUUAUCCAGUAUUUUCAGUGCCUUGGGAAUUGGUGUCUGAAAUUCAGUUAAUUGGGUUCCAUAUACGAGAAAUUAAACCAAAAAUGGUCCGUGAUCUUCUUAAACAUUCUCCAACUUCAAUUGCUAUACCAUCAAUCGAUACUUACGUGGACGUUCUCGAGUAUUGCUUGUCAGAUAUCCAGCUUCUAGAACCAUCUAAUGCUGACGGGCCAAGUACAUCUAGUGCUGAUGGGCCUAGUCCACCUGAACCCAGUGGGCCUUCCAGGUCACCAACAUUGACUUCACCUGGUCAAGGGGACCCGAUAGAAAUGGUAGCGAGUAUCAGCAGGGCUCUGUUUGAUUUCGGGCGGGGGGUUGUUGAAGACAUGGGUCGGGGUGGCGGUUCAUUAACUGAAAGGUACAACUUCCCAGUAGCCGGUUUCGAUAAUCGAACUAGAAGUUUGGACCGCAAUCUUCUAAAAAUAGCCACUGAGCUUAAAGGCUUACCGUGUCCCACUGCAACGAGUCGUCUUACUAAAUUGGGGUUGACCGAACUUUGGGUAGGAAAUGAGCAGCAGCAAUCACUUAUGAUCCCUUUGGCUGCAAAGUUUAUCCACCCGCAUAUAUUAGAGAGACCGACUUUGGCCCGAAUCUUUACAGAUUACGAUUUGUUAUCGUUAUUAAAACUACAUAUUUUUUCUCCACGUUUGCUUGCUGAUCAUAUGAGUUCACUUUUUCAUGAAAAUUGGGUAAACCAUGUCAUAAACUCGAGUCCAGCGCCUUGGUUCUCAUGGGAAAAUAACGCAAGUUCGGUUCGUGAAGGUGGGCCGUCUCAAAACUGGGCAAGACUCUUUUGGAAAAGCUUAGGUGGGUCUCACGAUCUACCACUCUUCUCUGAUUGGCCGAUAGUUCCUGCGUUUCUUGGUAGACCCGUUUUAUGCCGUGUAAAGUAUUGUAAUCUUAUAUUCAUUCCGCCUAUGUUAGCCGAUUCCGACUCAGAAAUUGCUAUUAUCAAGUGGGGUCUCGAAGAUGACGUGGCGUGCUUGGAUUCGUUACCUGAAGAGGUUCAGCCUUAUAUGUUAGCCUUUAAAGUUACUGGUAAAAAGUACCCAUGGCUGUACUCGUUGCUUAACCGUUGUAACAUACCCAUAGUUGAUGCCUCUUUCAUGGACUGUGUUCCUCCACGUAGUUUUUUUCCAGCUGUCGGUCAAUCGUUGGGUCAAACCAUCGCCAACAAGCUUGUUGCAGCUAAAAACUCUGGUUAUUUGCCUGAAUUAACUUCCUUUCUAGCAUCGGACUGCGAUCAAUUGUUUUCACUGUUGGCUUCGGAUUUCUCAUACAACGGCUCUGAUUACACAAGAGAAGAUCUCGAAGUGUUGCGUGAUUUACCGAUUUACAAAACUGUUACCGGAACUUACAAAAAGUUGAACAUCCAGGAAACAUGUAUAAUUGCUUUGAAUACGUUCCUAAAACCAUAUAACGAUCGGUGCCUCUAUUAUGGGUCAGAGUCUGUCGAGAGUCAACUGGUCAAAGCCCUUGGGGUCACCGAGUUGCAAGAUAAGCAAAUAUUGGUUAGGUUUUCAUUGCCCGAAUUUGAAAACAAGCCUCAGUCAGAACAAGAGGAUAUAUUAAUAUAUCUUUACACGAACUGGCAAGAUCUCCAACAAGAUUCUCAAGUCAUCGAAACAUUAAAAGAGACGAAAUUUGUAAAAAGCGCUGAUGAACAAUCUGAAGAUGUACAUAAACCAAAAGACUUGUUCGAUCCCGGUGAUUCACUGCUAGCAUCGGUUUUCUCCGGUGAAGUUCAAAAGUUUCCCGGUGAAAGGUUUGUUUCAGACGGAUGGCUUAACAUAUUAAGAAAAUCGGGCCUUCAAAAUACCGGUGAUCCAGAUAUUGUUCUAGAAUGUGCUAGAAGAGUCGAGUUUCUCGGGGCUGAAAGUAUGAAACCUAAAUCUUCAGGGUUUGUUGAUGAUUUCGAAGAAGAUUUUUCAAACACGAGAUCUGAAGUUCCUUUAACAAUUUGGUCCUUAGCUGAAACUCUUAUCGGUGCAAUAUUUGCAAAUUUUGCUGUUCUGUAUAGCAAUAAUUUUUGUAAUACUCUUGGCAAGAUUGCAUGUGUUCCUGCAGAAAAAGGGUUUCCGUCUGUAAGUGGAAAGAAAGGUGGUAAACGAGCGCUUUGUUCGUAUAGUGAAGCCAUUUUGUUGAAAGACUGGCCACUUGCAUGGAGCACUGCUCCCAUUCUUUCCAAACAAAGCAUGGUCCCACCUGAGUAUUCGUGGGGCCCACUUCAGUUACGGAGCCCUCCUCCUUUUACCAUAGUUUUGAAGCACCUGCAGUCUAUCGGAAGAAAUUUUGGUGAAGACACUCUGGCUCAUUGGCCUAAUGGGUCAGGCUUGAUAUCUGUUGAGGAAGCAUCUUUUGAGAUUUUUAAAUAUCUGGACAAAAUUUGGGGUACACUAUCUUCCUCAGAUGUAUCGGAGUUGAAGCAAGUAGCAUUCAUUCCAGCUGCUAACGGGACCCGUUUAGUCACUUCAAGCUCUCUUUUUGCGCGUCUGACCAUAAACCUUUCCCCGUUUGCGUUCGAACUUCCUUCACUCUACCUGCCAUUUGUCAAGAUUCUUAAAGAACUUGGGCUCCAAGACACGCUAUCUAUUUCCGGUGCAAUGGUUAUUCUCGCAAAUCUUCAAAAAUCUUGUGGGUAUCAACGUCUCAAUCCAAACGAACUCCGUGCAGUCAUGGAAAUUCUACAUUUUCUCUGUGGUGAAACCCUAGAUUCGAAUUCGGAGUCGGAGUUAAUCGUCCCUGAUGAUGGUUGCAGACUGGUUCAUGCAAAUGCAUGUGUGUAUAUAGAUCCGUAUGGUUCGCGGUACGUGAAGUAUAUUGAUUCUUCAAGAUUGAGAUUCGUUCACCAUGAUGUUUCCGAGAGGUUGUGUUCGGCUUUCCACAUAAGAAAGCUUUCUGAUGUUGUUGUGGAGGAGCUUGAUACGAAAGAACAUCUGCAGACUCUAGAAGAAGUUGGUUCACUUUCAUUAGCAACCAUCAGAGAAAAGUUAUUAAGUAGUUCAUUUCAGGUUGCUGUAUCAAAUGUUCUCAAUACCGUACCUACCACUACUUCCGAAUCCAAAAUUCCAGAUUUCCCGACACUACAAAAAUCACUUGAAUCCAUUGCUCAAAAAUUAAAAUUUGUGCAGUCCCUCUACACUCGGUUUUGGCUCAUCCCAAAAUCUGUAGACAUAACCCGUGCGUCUAAAGAUUCCAUUAUCCCAGAAUGGGAAACUGGUCCCCGGUCCAGUCAUCGAGCCCUCUACUAUGUUGACCGUUUGACCACAUGUAUGCUAAUUGCUGAACCACCAAGUUACGUCUCGGUUCUUGAUCUUGUUUCACUUGUCGUGAGCCAUGUUUUGGGUUCGCCAAUCGUGUUACCAAUCAGUUCGUUAUUUCUUUGUCCUGAAGGCUCGGAAACCGCACUUAUUAACAUCCUAAAACUUUCAGCCAAUGAAAGAUCGACAGAUGGCGUUGGUAGUGGAAAUGGGUUUCUUGGUAGGGAUAUUCUUCCACAAGAUGCAAUGCAAGUGCAACUUCACCCGUUAAGACCCUUUUAUAAAGGAGAAAUAGUGGCAUGGAGAAAUCAAAACGGAGAGAAGUUGAAGUACGGAAAAAUUCCAGAGAAUGUAAGACCGUCAGCAGGGCAAGCGCUUUAUAGAUUUAAUCUUGAAACGUUUCCCGGGAAAACCGAAACCGUUCUUUCCUCGCAUGUUUUCUCGUUCAAAAGUUUAUCCAUCGGGAAUGAGUCUUCAACACAUGUGGUAUCUGAUGAUAGUAGUAAUACGGUUAGCAGUAUCCCUGUUGACCAACCUGAGGGGUCUCGUGGAGUGAAGUCGCAAAAUCAGCGACAACCAAUUAAAGAACUUGAGCAUGGUCGUGUAUCGGCCCAUGAGUUGGUUCAAGCGGUUCAAGAGAUGCUGUCUGCUGCUGGAAUCAGAAUGGACACAGAGAAGCAGUCACUCUUACAAACAACUUUGUCCCUGCAAGAACAACUAAAAGAAUCUAAAGCCGCACUUUUACUCGAGCAGGAAAAAUCAGAAACUGCAACCAAAGAAGCUGACACGGCUAAAGCAGCAUGGCUAUGCAGAAUAUGUUUGACCAAUGAAAUCGAUAUAACGGUUGUCCCAUGUGGACAUGUGUUAUGUCGUCGAUGUUCAUCUGCUGUCUCUCGUUGCCCCUUUUGUCGGCUACAAGUCACUAAAACACUUAAAAUAUAUCGUCCAUGAUGAUUUAGAAGUGCUACAGAUGCAAGAUAAGAGUUCGUGUUUUUUUAGGUUAAGCAGCUUUCCAAACACUUUGGAACAAUGGCUGGUUCGAUUAUAGUUACAAGUAUAUAGUUUAAUUAUUUUUUUAUUUGAAUUAUACCAUGAUUUUGAUUACGUACGCCUUUGUGCAUACUUCAACUUGUAUCAUGCAACCGUGUAAGCAAACGGUUAAAUAUAGAAUCUCUUGUACAGAAGCUAUCUAUCAAUUUAACUACGGUUUUGGAUAUCGUCAAA